CUGCGGCCGCGCGACCGAUUUGAAAUCAACGAAAGAGGCGGGAGGCGGAAAACAGGCGCCGGAGCCUCGGGGGCUCGAUCAAAGGCUGGGCAUGAGCGGGGAGGCGGCACUGCCCAGGCUGGAAUUGCCAAAACAACCCUAUAGAAGCAGAUACUACAGAGACAAUGCAUUUGGGAGACUGACAGGAAAAUCCACGACCACCAUCUCACAGAAAAAUGCCAACACAUCAACCAUUCUAAAUAACUUCUUGGCUGGACUAGACAGUAUUAAUAACAGUGGUUCACAGCUGGAUUCUACAUCCCACUUUGAAAUCCAGUUUUCAAAAAGGAGAAACCCAGUCAAAGAAUCUCCAAAGGAUCUUCAGGGUAAAAAGAAAUCAUCUGCUGCCAGAUCACAGUUGCAACUACCUGAAAAUAACCAAUCUUGUCAUGUUAAAGAAUCUUUCACAGCCAAAAGGAAGGAAAACAAUGGUUGUUGCAUUUCAAAUAAACAAAUGGAGUCUCGGCUAGUACCAAUAGCUUUUGAUGAUGAAAAAGCCAGUGUACGUGGUUGUGGUGAUGGUGAUGAUGGAAGAGACUUCAUUGAUGAAGCAGAAGAGCUCAUUGCAGUGAAGGACCUAGUGCCAGAGGCAGAUAAGUCCCCUAUGGAAAAAUUUGGGAUUACUUAUAAUGCAGAAACAUCAGUUAUAAACUCAACUCCAAAUGUUUCAAGCUUAUCGCAAGAACCUAAACCAAAAAUGAGGCUUUGUUUUAACACUAGUCUAACACCUGUAGUGCUGAGGAGUCCUCUGGCAGCAAUCAAAGAAAAGAAUAUAGCCCCAUCCACUUCAGGUGUUGAAAAACAUAAGACUUCGUUCAACAGUUUUGGAAAGAAUUUCUCACAUUCCUUUCACAGACCUGUUCUUUUUGUAAUGCCACCAUCAGCACAAGUUGCACCUGGUAUUUCAGCCCCCAAGUGUAAUGACUUUGAAUUUGAAUUGAUGGAAAAGGAGAGCUUCAGUUUUGAGUCACAGAUUACUAUACCAAGGAAGACCCCAGUUUUAAGCCACAAGCCAAAUAAGCAGGAAAACAAAUCUGCCUCAAACAUAAAGGAAGUAGUAAAGAAAGGAAAACAUAAGAAAAUGGCAGGAAAAGAAGUUGCUGUCACAGAUGAAAAGCAAGACAAAUUACUAAGUGAACCAAUGCUCUUUCUUAAACAGUUGGAGGACAAAGAAAGUUCCAAAGCGAGCAAACCAGUCAAACCAGAAGAAGUUGGCAGAAGGUCUGAUGGACUUCCCUUGAAGAAUAAUAUGGCAGAACUGCAGGAAGAGUUACAAAAUGAACAUUCAUCUACCUCUAAACUACCUUUCACUCCCAAACAAAAAACAAAAUUAGGACCUAAAAACCAAAAGUCAGGAAAAAAAUAUGCUGCAAUUGAGGGCAGCAGAGAUGAACGUGAGGCAUUCCAGGAAGAGCCACAGUUAUGUGUUUUAGAAAAAGCAAAAGGAAUGGAAAAGUCCAAAGUAUCUAAGCAGGGUGCAGUAAAGAACUCUGUAAAAUCUGAUAGUUCCUCCAAUUUAUCCAAAGCAAGCAAUGGAAAAACAUCCUUAAGAAUUUUGUACACAGAAUCUGAAACUCCAGACAAAAAGAAAGUGGUCAACCAAACAAUGUCAUUAGAUUAUAACAGUUUGACUAAGCGUGUGGAGCCAGUAUCUGUGCCAUUGACUGGAGCUAUUGCAGAAGUUCAAGAAUGUGUCAAGUUAGCUGAGUUGGAAACAAACAAACUAAAAGCCACUCUGUUCAAUGGAAAGAGCAAGGAAGCAAGCAUGCUAAAUGCAUCUCAAACUCUUUCAAGACUUCCACAAAGAAUUAAUUCAAAAGGACCAAGCUUGAAUGCAAGUGAAACACCUGCAGCUUUCAACAACAAAUGUAUGAAUAAUAAGCAAAAAGAGUGCCCAACUGAGAAUGCUAUCCCUUCCACCUCAGCAAUUGGAAAACAGAAGAAAGAACAAACACCUCGGCUCCCUAAUAACUUUGGGAUAAAGCCAGCUGUUCCUGCAUUACCACAACCAAAAAAGGAUAUUAAUAUUCCUUCAGCAACAAUCCAUGAGUUUGAGUUUGAAUUGGAAGAGGAGGAGAGCUUCUGUUUUGAGUCAUGGAUUACAAUACCAAAGAAAGCCAUAAUCCAGGACCCAGCUGGACAGGAAAAGAAAUCUGUCUCAGCUGCAAAGAAAACAAAAAAGAAAGAAAGAGUACAGAAGACAGAAUUAACAAGAAAAGAAGCUAUUGUUCCAUUAAAAAAGAAAAUUGACGAAAAGCAGUUAGCUCUGAACAAAAAUAAAUGGUCAAAAAAUGAAAAUCAACCAAAAGGAUCUGGAAAAAGAUCUAAACGUUUGUUGAAAAAUAAUAAAAUUGUUGUCAAUACUGAGAAAGAGGAACAAGAAAUACAAAAUGAAUCCUUAUUGCAUUCCGAACGCUUGUUAUCUCCCAAACAAAAAAAAUUAGGAGGAAAAAAAAGAGGAAGACCAAGAAAAAAAACUGUAGUUGAACCUGACAGAGCUCAAGGGCAAGAGGAAUUACAAGAAGAUUUUCAUGUUGAUAGUGAAAACAGAAAUGAAAAGUCCAAACUGUCUGGGGAAGAUGCGAUUACUUACAAGAAGCUCCCAGAAUUUGUAAGUUCAGUAAAUUUGCCAUCAUCCCACCCUAAACAUUUGGCAUCCAAGCAAACAGAGUUAGAAGAUAAAAAGCGAGGACCACAAAGAAAAAAAUCUAUGGGUAAGUCUGACGCAGCUGAAGGACAAGAGGAAUUACAAGAUUUCUGUGAAGUGUCCUGUCUUUCUGAGGAGGAUAUAAUAACUUCUAGGAGAAUCUCAGAGUCUGAAAGUUCAGUAAAUUUGCCCUGGCUGCAAACUGAUGAAAAAAAAUCAAAGCUAACUUUAUUUGCAAAACCGCGAACUCAAAAUAAAAAGAAAACAAAGAAAGGACAGAAACUAAAAUCAACAGUGAAAAAGAAAGAAAUGUCAGAAAAGCGAACUUGGCCAAAGAAACCAUAUUCUAAGAAAUACAUCCCUUAUGAAUUUGGUGAGAAUCUUCCACAAGAUAAUGCUGUGGAGGUAUAUACAAGAAGCCGCCGUCCUACCAGACCACCAUCAAAGUGGUGGGUAGUACAGCAUGAUGACAACUACUCGCAAAAGAGAUUGAAGACAGAUUAUUUGACAGAACUGGAUGAUAGUUUAAAAGACCGGACGGCAAAGCCUUUAAUAUCACAAAUGAAGGAAAAGGAGAGGGGUUUGAAAAUAAGAUCUUCACAUGCACAAGCAAAGCCCUUGAAGAGUGAAAUGCGUAGUUCAGAGGAGCAAAAUUUUGAAGAAGAUGUUUUUGAAAAUGAUUCUUCUCCAAGUAGCCCACCACAUACCCUGUCAAAACUUAAACGGCAGCAAGGGACAGCUAAUCAACAUGAUAAUUCAGGUAGGCCAUCACAUUACCAGUCAGAACCCACAGGUCAGUGGGGCAUAGCUAAUCAACAGGACAAUGGUUCAGAUAGUGUAUCAGUUAAGGAGCAACGUAGAAAACAGAAGUAUUCCUCAGCGUCAUCCAUACCAAAAAAGCGAUUGUUUUCUGAGGUUGAAGAAGAAAAGGGAAAACCCUUUGACAUGCACCUGCCCAAAAAACAAAAAUCUAGGCUGAAGGUUCACGAUUUCAACAUGCAAGAUCAAAAUAAAAUGCAAGAGGAGGAGGAAUACAGUCCACUUUCAAGACCCGCAUAUGUUUGUACAACUUCAAGGCAAACUAAGGACUAUAUCUCUUUACCAUCCAAGCCAUCAUUACAAAAGCCCUUUCGAGAAUCCUUUGCAUCUUCUGCUGCAACUUAUGUUGACAGAAAUAAUGCACAAAGACCUGCAACUGUCAAGGUCUCUCCAGGAAUUAAAAACCAGAUUGUAACUAGUGCCAGAAAGUCCUUCACAAAAUCUGCUAAUGAACUUUGUGUAAGUACCCAGGUGUCUCCUGGUACUCCAAAUCAGGCUGUAAUGAGAUCCAGAAAUUAUAAAGCUAUGAAGUACCGAGAUGAAACUGUCCCCCCUCAGCACUGUGAACAGCCAACAGAUAUAAAUGAGGAAGAUGUUAAACCAGGACCCAGCACUUCUGUGCAAAGCAAGAGGACUUUAAAGCAAGGACUUCCCCACGAUAAUUUGCCUGUUUUUAAUCGCAGUGGGCCAGGACCAUGUGCAAAUUAUGAAGAAGAGUCUUCUGACGCAAAUGGUAGUGGAUACUUAGAUCAUAGAGAAACAAUGGACUUUGGUGAUGCCAAUGAGGAUGACAGUUAUACAAAAGACAGUGCCAGUGAGGAAAAUGAUAAUUGUGAGAAGCCAUCUGAAGUAGCUAUACAAGAAAGUUUGAAAUCUACGUGUGUUUGGAGUGUAAAGGAAAGCAGUGAAGUAUUUAUAGACUGCGUUAAAACUUCAGAUAUGUGUGAUUUCUUCUACCCCUUAAAGACAGAGUAUGAUGAUAAUAGGUCAAUUGCCAUCUGUAAGAGCUUAAAUUGGCAGACAUUUUCUUGUGGCAAACUGGUUUUGGGACCAUACAAAGAAAAGGGUUGUCAGAUGGUUUAUAAAGAUACAAUGGUAUUUCACAUCCUAAAAGGAGAGCUAGGGAUUACAAUAUACCAUACUACAUAUCAUCUCAAAGAAGGGGAUUACUUCUUUGUGCCUUCAGGUAACACGUACAAUGUUACGAAUCUUCAGGAUACUGAGGCUGUUCUGCUUUUCACACAGUUGAAAGGAGGCAAGAUGGAUUAAACUGUAUUCGUGAGGAGCAAUUUUCAUGCUAGUGGUAUAUUUUGUACAUUUCUACUGUAGUUUUCAGAAAAUUUAGAGUAUUUUGGAAUAGUUAAAAUGUUACCCUGCUUUUUUAUGAACCACUAUUAAUUUUUUUGAAAUAUAUGGGAAGUAUCCUGCUUUGAAAAUUUUAAUCCAUUGCAGUUGAUGUACCUGGGCAUUGAGCUUGAUGAGCCUGCCAUAAAAUCUUUCUAGUUUGUAACAUUUGUUAGAGUGGUUUUGUGUAUUUUUGGAAUAGUAAAAUGUUAGUUUUAUUCCAAAUUCAUGUGCUGUUAUUGAAUAUGCUGCUUUGAACAAUUACAUCUGUAUAAUUGAACCUUGGGUAUAAAGACUGGUGAACAUAAUGUGUGAUUGAACUUAUCUUGCAUUUGUGUAAUUCAGUGUUUUAGUACUCAAAUUUCAAUAAACAAAGAGGAGGAAACAAGAAUACAGAAUGUAAUCCACUUUCAACAACAACCUCAAGAGCCUCAAAGUAAUUGAAUAGAAGAGGAAAUGUGAGUCUAAAUUGUCUGAAUGCAUCUUCAUUACAAGGUAUAUUUGUUUAUGGCAGAUGGGAUAAUGUAUACAAGCAAACCAUAAUUUCUUGCUGCACUUAACGUGCAGGAAGUGUGCAUGUUCAUAGCCAUGUGUAACUGCUUUGGAGUUCUUGAUCUCAGUUAAGCUAUGCCAUUGAAGGGAGGGAAAAUGAAAAUGAGUAGAAAUAUCCUUUCAUCCCUGGUACUUGGACUGACCCCAGUCCAGCCAAUUAGAAUAAAAACCUCUUCUGCUCAUUUACUAUGUGGAUUGUCUAUGAAGAGUUUGGGCAGUUUCUUCCCAGUUCCUACUAGGUAUCAACCAGCAGCAGUAAAUGGUCCAAGAUUUGACCACGUUGACAAUUCUUUUGAUGAAUGUUACGUGUUUAUCACAAUGAAGAGGCGCUAGUAGUCAAAAAUGAAAACAGUUUCCCAAUUUAGGUGCUCCCAGUUCAGGUUUAGCUCCAUUAGCUAUAGAGUAAAACCCUAAACAAAUUGUUUUAAUUCCUAACCUUCAAAGCUUGUGCUAUGCGGGAUAGUUGUGUUGCUUCCUUUUUUGACUCCAGCCUGAUGUGUCCCUUCCAAGUGAGAUUGCCCAUUUAGUGUUGCAUUAGAAUAGUUCAGAUUAUGGGUGGUUGUCCUUUGUGUAAAGUUGCUGAAAUACAUUUUACAUAGCAUUACAAGAAGGGACAGUGGAGAUUUUCAUUCCUUAAGUGCUAUUAACUGAGCCAUGCUAACUGCAAGAGGCAUUUAUCUAUCCAGAAUAGUUCAUACGGGCUGCGACAAUGCUUAGGUAAUAACAGUACCUUCAGAUAUAAUUCAUUAGUUUAGAAGUGUUUUAGAAUAUCAUGAGAAUGUAGAAAAGCAAUAUAUAAAACUUUGUUUUUUCUCUCUGUUUCUAUUUUUGUCUUUCUUUAACACUAUUAAUAUAACUGAACUUGGUUUUUUGUUGCCAAUGGAAUAAAUUCUGUAAUCUAUUCCCCAUUUAGUAUACACUGAACAGGAAACAAACUUAACCCAGUUUUUUUCCUUCAUUUCAUCUGAUGUAAUAUGCAUUCUUUCAAAUGUAAAGAAAAAAUUCUAUCCAGAAAAUAUUUGUAAACCAGUGCUUAUUUUUGUAACAACCAGUAAAUUCUGUAACAACUAGUAUUUUAUCUGACCAAUGGAUGUUUGAUAUGUAAGCACUUAAGCAAGGUACAUGGAUGUUGAAGUGUAUCUGUACAAAACGAGCUUCAGCCCACCUACAGAAAGUUGUAGUGGGUGCCAUUUUUCCAAGUACAUUGUCUUUAAAAAAAAACCCUACAUUUGGAAAUAAAAGAUCAUGUGAUUUCU